AUGGAGCGCAGCAGCAACUUCCGCGGCGGACGCGGCGUCGGACGUGGACGGGGACGAGGAGGACAAGCAGCAGGAGGCCGAGGUCGUGGUAGUGGCGCUCAACGAGGCGGCUUUGGCUUCCAGCCGCAGCGCCACGGAGAGCAGGGGUACGCUCCUCCGUACCCACCCCCGAAUGAAGCCGUGUACCACUUGCAACCGCCCAAUGGGUACCCCCCACACGAGAUGCUACAUGGAAAGCCAGGUCAUUCCUUCCCAGAGCAGCAGCAGCCGUUCCCGCCACCGUUUCCGCUGCCGCAUCAACACGAAAUGUACCGUCAUCCGCCCCAGCAACAGCCGCCGCAGCGUCCUCACGACCCGAAUCGGCCACAGGGGUACAUAGAGGGUACGAAUGGUACUCCUCCAGGGUUCCGUCAUCAGGGGAUGGAUACAUUCCAUCCCCAUGUAGCGCCGCCUCACCAGCAGUUUCCACACCCACCGCAUCCUCUUCACCAUCAUCCUCGACCGCAUCACCAUCUGCCUCCGCCUGUACCAUUCCAAGAGCCUCAAGGUCCGGAGCAUCUCCACGAGAAUGGCAGGUUUGCAGCCCAUAGACCACCCGUGCCGCCGAAUGCUGGGCCUUUUUUUCCGCCAACUGCUGACUUUGCAGAGGCUGCACACGCAAGACAAGCAAGGUACGACCCACAUGUGCCUGGCAGGGACGGGCCGCACGGCGAGUGGAACCAUCCGCCACCACGGCAUUUGCCAUGGCAAUAUGCACCACCUGAGCACCAGCCGUUUGGCGGUAGACUGCCAGCCUUUGUACAGCAACAGAGACCGCCUCCGAUGGACCAGCGUCACUUUCCGAGAGACCCAAAUGUACCAUCUCAAGACCGUUGGCAGGACGGACAGGAUCGGCAGCAGCAUCGGGGUCCACCGCCCUCGUACGUUUGCCACAACUGCAACAAACCGGGACACUGGAAGCAACAGUGCCCGCUUAAUGAAACUGUAAACGAUCGCGCCGGGUCUGGACCAGAACCUUUGCUUGAGCAGCGUCACAGUUCUGGAACGCGACCGGAACACCAGUUGGCUCCUGCCCACAGCACAAAGCCAAAGGAUCCCAGAAAGAAUGGCGGAUCUCACAGCAACGCUCCUUCUGGAGGCAAGGUAGACACGCGUCGUGUAGCCAAAGACGAACCUUGCGAACAGCCGCCUUUGCCCGGUGGCCCAUCGCCCCCGCCUCCAUCAACUUUGCAGUCGAAUGAAACGGACGCGGGUAGCACUCAGCUACAUUCGCAGCCUGAUCAGCGGGUGUGGAAGUGUGUGCCAUGCAUGAAGAGCUUUUUUCUAGCAUCUCAGUACAAUGCGCACGUCAAAACUCAUAAAAGCUGCUCGGCUUGUGACUUCUCAGCUUGUCAGCGGGUCGUUACCGCACAUUUUGGAACCUGUCACGGACAAUACUCUGGCGAAGGGCUCAAAGAAAUCGUCAUUGACGAUCAAAAAUUUGCGGUACUGGUGGGAAACUCAGCCGAGGACAUCGCGAAGUGGCGUGAGGAUCGUCGAAAGAAGUGGCUUGGAAUGUCUCGAAAGCCCAAAUCACCUUUGGCGACUGUGCCAGUGAUAGGGAAGCGAAAGCUGUCGGUACCGUCUGGAGAUCUAGAGGACGGCGAAGUUGAGGAAGAAGGAAACGCUAAGGCUCAUGUUGUACUUGCGAGUUCCGGUACAAACCUCGCGGCUCUUCGCUCCACAGCAUUGCACCAUUCCAAGCCUGACGUGCAAGAGCCGCCAGUAAAAAAACAACGAAAGAACAUGUUGUGCAAGGGAUUUUUACAUGGCCGCUGUCGAUUGGAUGAGGCGAAUUGUAAGUUUACUCAUGAUCGCUCGCUGUUUGGGUGCCGCGCAAUGAUGAACAAGGGGUCGUGCUCGAAGGGUGAACACUGUCUAUUUUCUCAUGACGCAACUGUGUUGUCAGGGCAACGGGAACGUUCUGUGAAGGCAUCGAAAGAGCACGCUACGGAGCAGCAGUGGCGUAGUGAGAAAAAGUCUCUUCUUCACAAACUGCUGGCGAAAGACGUUCGUCUUGAGCAGCAGAAGAUGCUACAGAUUGUGCAUUUUCUUGUGGAGCGUAAGUUUUUGCGCCCGUUGGAUGGUGGGGAUGACGUCGCAUGUGCCGAAGAACCAGUCGUACAUAAUGAAGUGGCCGCAAGUGACGAAGCGAGUUCUGGCGAUGAUGCUGAAGCCAGUGAAUCCUCCAGCUUGACGUCUACGGGCGCUGUGAAGGAGGAGGUUUCAGACGAUGACACAUCCGAUAUAGGGAGCAGCACGGAAGAGUGUGAUAGUGCUCUGCCAUCUCAAGUUAGGAAGCUAUCGAAGGUUGUGGAUGAUGGACGUGCUGUACCUGUCGUAGAGGAAAGUGUGGAUGAGGAGGAAACUUCCGAUUCUGAGUAG